UGCAAAUUAACAAACUGAUGAUGCGCUGUUACAGUUUUAAGGAGACAUGCUUCUUAGUUUGCUUCCUCACCUCCUCCCCCCAGAAUCGGGGUAUAUAUUUUAUGCUACAGACCUUUAAAAUGUAACAAUUAGAGAACUUGUUUUUGACUUGUCUCUGAUAGAGUAAAGGUGGAGUGAACGAGAACUGAACGGAUAAUAUUAUAAACGACAGAAACUAAAGGAAACUCCUCACCGAGGCCUACAGGAAUAACUGUCCCUAAAACAAUACUAUAAUCCACAUGAUGACUCCAACUAUGUUACACCUAUUAAAUAGGGAACAAGGAAACCCUGACCCUAAAAGCCCAUGCAAACGUUACAGGCCUUUAGCCCAAAUUUCCUGACAAGAAAUACUAAGAAUAAAUAACUGACUCAAUUAAAAAGAAAAAGAAAAGAAAUACAGAAGUGCCACGGUCUAUCAGUCUCCAUCUCUUAGAGUCUUACAUAGAGGUUCAUCUAUUACUUUGUACAUAAUAAAGCGAAUGAUAAUUUAUUCAUCUAUGCACGAAAUUAAAAUGAUUUUGCCUGCCUAAGUAUUACAAAAUGUUCCAUGAGGUAGUUGAUGGUUUGAUUGGUUACGGCACAAUGGAGAACUUGCGACAUGCUUUUCACCUCAACGGACUAUGCUCAUGGGCUAGCUUUUCAUUCUUUUGGAUGAAGUGGAGAAGAGAAAGGUGACCACAAGAGAAAGUACUGUUAUAUCAAACAACUUAACCAUUAUACUAGUAAACUCGAAUCCAUGUUACUGACAAAUUCUUUAUUAGAUUAGCAAGUGUCCUGCAUAGAUUUGAUCUUAUAGUUAUAUGCACUGAAAAUGAAGUCGGGGUUUAGAAUUAUAUUAACUGAAUUCCUUUACUCAAAGGAAAAGGUGUGAAGUAUUCAAUUUAACUCAUAUUUUAGGAUGUUUAGCAUCUAGGCAUUUAAUAAAGCAAGUUCAUUCCUAGUUCAUUUUGGAUUCAAUUUCAAUCUGCCUAGAGACUAGAACAAUUUGGAAACAUCAGGGAUCAAAACAUUAACUCUCAUGACAUUGGUGAAAAUUUAACAUGGACAUUCAUGAUUCUCACCUGUCUGUGAGCAUCUCUUUUUUACAGUGGUUGGCUUCAAAGAUGUUAAUAUUCUUUUUCACUGAUGCACCAGACAAUGGUCCUAUACAAGUUCUUUCAGCUUCUGGUGGAAUCAAGGUGGAUCAUCCGAAGAUGAGCAGUGAUGUGGUUGUACUUGUUUCGGUAGUCAUAUUAGUUUGCUUGUUCAGCGUGCAACACUAUGGCACGGAUAAAGUUGGCUGGCUUUUUGCUCCAAUUGUACUGCUGUGGUUUCUCAUGAUUGGCGGCAUUGGCAUCUUCAAUAUAUAUAAGUAUGACAGCUCAGUUUUGAGAGCCUUUUCGCCUGUGUACAUAUAUCGCUACUUAAGAAGUGGAAGGGGAGAAGGUUGGACAUCCCUUGGGGGGAUUAUGCUAAGUAUCACAGGGACAGAAGCACUUUUUGCUGAUCUUGCCCAUUUUCCAGUUUCUGCUAUACAGAUUGCUUUUACGGUAAUUGUGUUUCCUUGCCUUCUACUAGCUUACUCUGGACAAGCAGCAUACCUCAUGGAAAACAAAGAACAUGUGAUGGAUGCCUUUUAUCGGUCUAUUCCAGAAAGAAUAUACUGGCCAAUGUUUAUUAUUGCAACUUUAGCUGCUAUUGUUGCUAGUCAAGCUUCCAUAUCUGCUACUUUUUCAAUAAUAAAACAGGCCCUUGCAUUAGGAUGUUUCCCAAGGGUCAAAGUUGUACAUACAUCAAAAAAGUUCCUCGGGCAGAUUUAUGUUCCUGACAUGAAUUGGAUCCUAAUGCUUCUUUGUAUUGCUGUUACUGCUGGAUUCAGAAACCAAAGUCAAAUUGGCAAUGCUUACGGUACGGCAGUUGUGAUUGUUAUGCUGGUGACCACUCUCCUGAUGAUCCUUAUAAUGUUACUAGUUUGGCACUGCCACUGGAUGCUGGUUCUACUGUUCACAUUCCUUUCUUUACUCGUGGAGUGUACAUAUUUCUCAGCAGUGCUUCUCAAGGUCAAUCAAGGUGGUUGGGUACCGCUUGUGAUAGCUUCUGCCUUUCUAGUUAUCAUGUACGUCUGGCACUAUGGUACUGUUAAAAGAUACGAGUUUGAGAUGCAUAGCAAGGUAUCCAUGGCUUGGAUAUUGGGGCUCGGUCCUAGCUUAGGAUUGGUCCGCGUACCUGGAAUCGGACUUGUGUACACUGAACUAGCCAGUGGUGUGCCUCAUAUCUUCUCACACUUCAUCACGAACCUCCCAGCUAUACACUCAGUGGUAGUAUUUGUGUGUGUGAAGUACCUUCCAGUGUACACAGUCCCAGAAGAAGAAAGAUUUCUUGUGAAACGUAUCGGGCCGAAAAACUUCCACAUGUUCCGCUGUGUCGCAAGAUAUGGCUACAAGGACCUUCACAAGAAAGACGAAAAUUUUGAGAAGAAGCUCUUUGACAAUCUGUUCAUGUUUGUUCGGCUGGAGUCCAUGAUGGAAGGCUGCUCCGACUCUGAUGACUACAGCUUGUACGGACAGCAGACGAAACAGUCGAGAGACUUCCUAUUAAAAGAGGAGACGCGUGCAUCCACAUCAGACUGUGACCUUACAUUCUCAUCAGUCGAGUCUAUCGUCCCUGCCAGGUCACAGACGCAGAUAAGCAACACGAUGAAUUCAUCAGGAGCAGAGAGCAGCCAUACAGAAAUGGAUGAAUUGGAGUUUUUGAGCAAGUGUAGGGAUGCAGGGGUGGUUCAUAUUAUGGGGAACACUGUGGUUAAAGCAAGAAGGGAGUCUAGGAUAUACAAGAAAAUUGCUAUUGAUUAUAUAUAUGCUUUCCUUAGAAAGAUUUGCAGGGAGAAUAGUGUCAUUUUCAAUGUACCUCAUGAAAGCCUUUUGAAUGUUGGCCAGAUUUUCUUUGUAUAGAUAGAAACUAUUGUUCUAGCUUUGCUGAGCUAAGAAUAACAAGAGAUCGCCUACCUGUUAUCGCUCCUAUAUUUCAUUUCAUUAGAUCUCAAUCAAAUGGGGGGAAUUAUUGAUGUACGAAUUUAUGAAAAAAAGUAUCUUCUUAAGUUCCAUUUGAACCUAUAAUUUGUUAUUUAUGUUCAAA